AUGGAAGAUCCGACUUGGGCGUGGCCCGCCUGGAAGUUUGGCAUGAAGAGAGAUGACCUCUUUACCACCCUCCACGAUCAGUACAACACCUUUUCCUUUACUCUCCAAGACCCCGAGGCUUUCCACCACGAUGUGUACGAGAUUUCUCGCGACGCGGAUACCGCCCAUGAGUUUCACAGGAUGAUGGCUGAUCGACGGCAAAUGCGACUCCGUGAGCUUAAUGAGUCUCUGGAGACGCUGGCCGUCGAAAUCAUUGCCAAUCCGAAGCUCAUGGGCACUGAGCAGUGGCAGCACGCCCUGCAGCUCUUCCGAACAAAAUCAUACGACUCCAUUAUUCGCUACUUUGCUAGCUAUUUACCUGAGGAUUACCUCGAUCGUCACGACACUCACUCUACCUCGUCGGCUUCUUUCUCAGAAACCGACACUAUUAGCACCGCGGCCAGCAGCGUCGACGAUGUCCCUUCCCCUUUCAUGGACGACGAUUUCUUCCCCAACGGUCCCGUCAUGACCGCCGAGCCUGAUUUGAUCAAGGAGAAGCCCUCUCAUCAUCACAUUUCUCAUCCCCAUGGACCCUUGUCGCCCCCACAUACAGAGGAUGCACAAUCGGAGCCGUCUGUAUCAUCACCACCAUCAGACGCAGAGUCGAACGACUACUCGACGAACCCACCUUCACGAUCCAUGUCAUUUUCCGGAUCUGAAUCUGGACACUUGGUCCCUGAACUUAUUCGACGACGUUAUCUCGAAAAGGAAUUCGACGAGACGUCUCAGUCAGAUGAAUGCCACUCCGCUGUCACGUCUGUCUGUGAAUCGGUUGAAGGUACCUCGGCUGCAGAUGUUGUCAAAGUCCAGUCGCACCCCGACGAGGACGCUAUUGACUUUGAUGAGGAUGAUGACAUCCCCACCGCCCAAUACCCCGACGAUGAAUUCGAUUACCUUGAUAUUACCCCUUCUUUAAUCUCUUGCGACGAUACCCUAGAUUCCGAUACCCCUACCCCCCGUCCCGAAGCGGCUGCUGCAUCUUACAUGGAGUUCCGGUCCGUUGUUUCACAUUCGAAAAAAGCGCCGUCAUAUCAGCGUUCGCCAUCCCCCAAGUGUUGCUUGGUUAGUCGAGGAGCUGGAUCUCUAGCACGCGAAGUGCGGAGGAGCCCAGAAGAGUCGUUGAGUAAAAUCCAAAAGUCGGUACAGGACUUCUCGAGGAAACGACCGAAGGCGAGAAGAAGGGUGGACUAG